GUGUCGACUUCCUGCACGGCUUCACUGUGACAGACUCAGCAGUGCAGCCCACUCGGACCUCCGCCUGUGAAGAGCCGCUGUAGAGAUGUCCAGCUCGGAGGUCGACACCGCGACCCUCUGCCUGUUCGAUGUGGACGGGACGCUAACGGCAGCUCGGCAGAAAGCGACUCCGCAGAUGCUGCAGUUCUUGAGCAAACUGAGACAGCGAGUGAGAGUCGGGGUCGUCGGAGGCUCAGACUUGAACAAGAUCAAGGAGCAGCUGGGCGAAAAUGUUAUCGAGCAGGUGGAUUACGUUUUCGCUGAGAACGGUUUGGUCGCCUACAGAUUUGGGCAGCUACACUCUGUACAGAGUAUUCAGGCGUAUCUUGGGGAGGACAUUUUACAGGACUUCAUCAACUUCUGCUUAAAUUACUUGGCAAAGAUUAAACUGCCCAAGAAAAGGGGGACGUUUAUAGAGUUUCGUAACGGGAUGCUCAACGUUUCUCCCAUCGGCCGAAGCUGCAGCCAGCAGGAGCGGAUAGAGUUCUUUGAGCUUGACAAGAAAGAAAAGAUCCGAGAGAAGUUUGUGGCUGUUUUAAAAGAAGAGUUUGCUGGGAAGGGACUGGCCUUCUCCAUUGGAGGGCAGAUCAGCUUCGACGUGUUUCCAGAAGGCUGGGAUAAGCGGUAUUGUUUGGGCAUUGUGGAGCAGGACUCCUACAAAACCAUCCAUUUCUUUGGAGACAAAACCAAGCCAGGAGGAAACGAUUAUGAGAUCUACGCAGACCCCCGGACGAUCGGCCAUGAAGUCACGUCACCUGAUGACACACAGCGAAUGUGUGAGGAGCUGUUCUUCAGCUGAGUGGUCCUGUUCACUACCUCUGACCUCGACAUGCACCUGCCAUAUCAAGGACCUGUGAUCUUCAAGGUUGUACUGUAUGAUUAUCCUCCGUGACUUCAGUGUCACGUUACUGGAGUCUGGAGCCCUGGCUGGUUUUUGUUUGUUUGUUUCUUUUACCUCAAAUUAAGCAGUUGAUCUACACAUUUAGGGAACAGUUCAUCUCUUUUCUGGUUAUUCGAGCCUUAAAUGAAUACUGAAUGAAGUGAAGGGCUUCAGGGAAGCUUUUUUUUUUUGUUUGUUUGUUUGUUUUUUUAAAAACUUGUGCAAAAAGUAGAUCGAUACAUUUGUCCUGUGUGCAUUUUCACUCAGAGUGUCACUGGAUUCUCAGAACUAUGAGGCCGAAGUCAUUUUUUUUCAUCUAAUUAUUGCUGCAUUUGAGCUGCAAGCAAGCCAACAUACAUGCGCAUUGAAAUGACAUCACAUGUUAGUCAGUUUAAUACUGUACUUGAGCUCUAUUCUGUAACAACACCAGCUACUCAAACUGUGGGCUGCUGUUACCAAAGCAACUUAACCACCUCAUUUGGCAAAGCUCUCUGGUUUGCGUGGGUUAUUCGGUGACGUUGUCAGUCUUUCGUUGUCAGUUCAAAGCGCAAUAGAGUCCAUAUUUCGACUAACGUUAUUGAACGACCUCACAAUUCAGAGAAUCGAGUGAUAUUUGGCGGAAAAGUUGGAAACCUAUAAAAUGACGUCAUGACUUCAGAUGUCUUUUCACUGAAGGAUCUCAAGAUUUUAGACAUUUGUUGAACGUUCCUCGUCCCACUUCCAGUCCAUCCUUGUUGCUUUUUUUAACAUGGGCACAAAUUUUGACUUUCAAUUUUCUGACAAGUGUGUUUAAUAUUACUGAAAAAUUGAAUCCAUAUGAUCAGGGAUGUUUGUGUUGAAACCACAAUUGGAACUACAAAUUGGCAGCAUUGGCAUGGAACCUCUAAACCUCUGAGGGAAAGGAGUUGGGGUCAUUUUGCUUUUUAAAUGAAGAAGACAGAGCUGUGAACACAAGAACCAUCAACAGUGACCUUGAAACUAUAAAGAACUGCAUAUAAAUGCUCUAAAUGGUUCAUAUUAUUUUUGCUGGUGAGUCAUUCUAUAUUAUGGGAAUACAUAUAAUGCUGUAUAUUUGAGGGUUUUAAAAAUAUCUUUAUGCACUAAUGGUUCUGUGGUUUAUUGUAUAUAAGACUAAAAGUUAGAAGUUGAUUAUAUCUUUUUUAUUGGAAAAACAAUCAUGCGUAUUAAAUGCGACAGUGCAGUAAACUGGGCUACACUUCACUGUUACCAGCAUAAAGUGCCAAAUAUUUUAGGCAUUAGUUGCACUUCUGAAUAAUUUAAUUGGUUUACAUUAUUAGAUGUUAUCAGAUUGGGAAUUUUGGCUACAUAGUCCAUCAGUAGUUCUAUUUAGUUUAUAGUAAAAAGGGGUUAAUAUCACAGAGGGGAUAUAUAGGGCGAUUUUAGAGAAGGGAUGAGGAGAGUCUUUUUGAAUAGAGGUAUGUUUCUGAGUUUUUGUGGAUGAAUUGACGGUAUGUGAAAUUAAACGGCUGUUACUGCGUUUUUAAAUGUACCCACUCAUUGUAAAUGUGUACGAAUUAAACAGUGACUUCUGUGUUUUA